CCAAACCAACUAGCCCCAGUUUUAAACAUUUUUCCUGUACACAUCUCGAAACCCAAAGUACAUAAAUCCCCCUUCCCUCUAAGCCUCCUUUCCUCACAACACUCACACCUCCCAAGAGAAAGAAACAAUAAAAAAGAAUGUUUGUCCCUUUACAAACGUCCCUAGUCCCAUUUUUGCUCCUCCUUGUAGUACUGCCACUAUUCCUUUUCUCUUUUCCCAACACAACAACUGCAAGUAAUACUCAUGAAACCAAGACCUCAGCUGGCCAUGCAAUCCCAUUCCCCACCCAUGAACACUUGGAUGUCAAGCAAACCAUUAAAGAAUCAAGAAUCCACCCACCACCUAAAACACAUGAUGAUCAUGUGGAAGAAGAAGAAGCUCUUCAUGAAUUAAAGAGAAACAAUAGCUGGAAGCUGAAGCUUCUUCAUAGAGACAAAAUGCCUUUCUCCCACUUCAGUGAUCAUCCUCACCGAUUUGAAGCUCGCAUGAAAAGAGACGUCAAAAGGGUCGAUACACUCGUUCGAAAAGCCACCAAUAAUAUUGGUACCACUACUUAUGAGGCGGAGGAAUUCGGGAGUGAGGUGAUUUCGGGUAUGGAACAAGGCAGUGGAGAAUACUUUGUGAGGAUUGGUGUUGGUAGUCCUGUUAGAGAACAAUACAUGGUUAUUGAUGCUGGCAGUGACAUUGUGUGGGUCCAGUGCCAGCCUUGUACCAACUGCUACCACCAAUCUGACCCAGUAUUCGAUCCAUCUCUUUCUGCUUCUUUCUCUGGCGUACCUUGUUCCUCCUCCCUUUGCGACCGCGUGGACAACUCCGGUUGCCACGCUGGUCGCUGCAAGUAUGAAGUCAUGUACGGUGAUGGCUCGUACACCAAGGGAACCAUGGCCCUUGAGACCCUCACUUUCGGUCGCACCGUCAUUCGUGACGUGGCGAUCGGGUGCGGUCAUAGUAACCGCGGCAUGUUUAUUGGGGCUGCCGGUUUGUUAGGCCUUGGAGGCGGGUCCAUGUCGCUCGUGGGACAGCUCGGUGGACAGACGGGCGGAGCGUUUAGUUACUGUUUGGUUACACGGGGCAGCGGAUCAACAGGAUCACUUGAAUUCGGGCGGGAAGUAUUACCCGCGGGGGCAACGUGGGUUCCGCUGAUCCGGAACCCACGCGCCCCGAGUUUCUAUUAUAUUGGUAUGUCAGGUCUUGGAGUUGGAGGAGCGCGUGUAGGAAUACCCGAAGAUUCUUUCAGAUUAACUGAGGAAGGUGAUGGAGGAGUGGUGAUGGACACGGGGACAGCCGUGACUAGACUUCCCAAGGAGGCAUACGUGGCGUUUCGCGACGCGUUUAUCGCUCAAACUGCCAGCCUUCCAAGGGCACCAGCCAUGUCAAUAUUCGACACGUGCUAUGAUCUAAACGGGUUUGUGACUGUUCGGGUACCGACCAUUUCGUUUUUCCUCAUGGGUGGUCCGAUCUUAACACUACCAGCUGGGAACUUCCUAAUUCCAGUGGAUCAAAAGGGCACAUUCUGCUUUGCAUUUGCUCCAUCUCCAACUAGACUUUCCAUAAUAGGGAAUAUUCAGCAAGAAGGCAUCCAAAUUUCUAUUGAUGGAGCAAAUGGUUUUGUGGGAUUUGGUCCCAAUAUUUGCUAGGCUAAUAAAACUAUAUGUAAAGUGAAGUUUUGCUAGUAAAGUAUAGUAAAUUAAUUUCUCUACAAUAAUAUCAUGGAAGAUAUGAAGUGUGUAAACCUUAUAUUACUAGUAAUUAUGUGGCUAAUCUCCAAUAAACCUAAUGAUUAUAAUCUGAAUAGAUAAAUUUUCUCCUUGUU